CGAAAACAUAAGGCAGACACAACAAACAAAGCUGGCGACGCAAACGUCGGUUUGAAAAGUUUUUAUUUGGAAAUUGGUCACCGUUUGUGAUAGGUUGUAACACUCGGCAACUCGGCAUGCAAAAAGUGCAAAGAAAUUAGGGAGGAGAGCAAAUAAUUCCUAAAUUUGUAAGUGAUUGAAAAGGUGAAAAAAAUUAGUGCAGCCCCCCGAUUGAUGCACGUAAUUGCAGUAGUCUGGAAGCUUCUAUUGUUUUCUCGACUGGCGAACCAGUAACCCCCAGUGGAGCUUCGACGAAGACCUCGAACAAAGGAACAAAGAAAGCGCAGCGCAAUUGCAAUUGCUGGCACAAAAAAAAAAUUAAUAAUAAAUAAAUAAAACCACCUCGAACCGGUGGUAACCAAAUUUGGCUUUGGCUCAAAACCAGUUGCUAAGAUCUUAGAUCUACGUCGCAUUUCCGCCUUUACCUGGCAACAAAGAGAACAAGCCGCUAGCAUGGAUGCCCAGGAGAACAGGGGACAGCCGCAGGCGAAGGACGAGCAUCGCAUCCGCACGGACAGCGAGAGCUCCGUGGAUAGUUUGACGCGCUUUAUGCUGCCCAGCCUGGACGGUUCGCCGCCGAAAAUAGUGACCCUGGACGAGGUGUCCAGCAUGUUCAAGGACCUGCGCAACAUGGAGCUGGCCCACGAGAUAGCCCUCAACCCGGACUUUAAGCUGCAGCAGUAUGAGCCGCCGUCGAACAGCCUGGAGGGUGCUAUCAAGCGGAGUGUGCACAAGGCUUUCUGGGAAUUGCUUCGCGAGCAGCUCGAGCGGCAGCCGCCCUCCUACGACCAGGCCAUUCGCCUGCUGGCCGAGAUCAAGGAGAUCUUCCCCCAGCUGCUGUCCCCAAACAAUGAGCGGACCGUGGCCCACAUCAACGAGGUGCUGGACGAAACCGUCAUUCAGCAGCAGGCAGAGCGAGGAGUGCUGGACUUUCGCGCGUAUGCCAACUUUGUGAUCAACAUCCUUUCGCGCUCCUGCUGCCCGGCGAGGGAUGAGGCCGUGGCCAAGAUACGGGAAAUCGAAGAUGUGGUGGACACCUUUCGCAGCAUCCUCGAGCUGAUGAGCCUGAUGAAGCUGGACAUGGCCAACUUUAUGCUGACGCUGGCGCGCAAGGAGAUAGCAGCCAAUUCGGUGGAAUAUGAAAAACAGAAGUUCAGCAAGUAUAUGCGCGAGUACAUGGGGAAUGGCUAUAGCUUCCCGGCCACCGAGGACUGGCUGCAGCGCAAUCGUGCCGGCAGCAAUGCGGACGAGACUAUAUACAAUGCCUACAUACAGCUCAUCGAUUAUCCGGCGGACAAGGAGUUCCCCGAACUGCUGCGCAUUGACAAGGAUCGCUUUGCCGGCCUCAGUUGGCGCGCCCAGCGCCUGAUCUUGUGCGCCUCGCUCAUCUCCAUUGCCCAGAGCACGCCCAUUAUUUCGCAGCGUCGCGAGAAUCGUCUCGAGCUUUCUAAGCAGCUGGACAUUAUCGUGCAGGAUGUCAAGAACCAAGAGCAAGUAGCCACUGCCAUUGACGCCUGCUACGAGCAGAUACGCGCCUUUGUCAACCAGGCCUUACAGAAGGAGCAACUGCCGGCCAUGAACGAUGCCGACCAGGCGGCGCUCAAGAAUCAGGUGCUAAAGCUGGGCAACAAGGCCUCGCCGGUGCCUAGUUUAAUGGCCAAGCGCUUGGAUGGCUAUGUGCGCGUUGCCUUGCGCUCGAAUGGCAGCAUACCGCCCCCACCUGCCGGAUUUGUGGAUUACCAGGAGGAGCUAGUUGCAUUUAUCGCUUCGUUCCGGCGUUUGGUUUCCUACAAUCAUGCCGUUUUCGGCGAACACUUUCACCGAAUCCUCAACAAGACCAUGGCCAUGGAACCAGAGGGUGCCGAAGCCAGUCCAGCUGGCGAUGGAAUAGCCACUGGCCAGGCCCAAACCGCCAAGCCUUAAGCAGCAGUUAUUUACAACCGAAAAACACACACAAGCCACAAGAAGAAUCUGAAGGAGAUCUGGAGUGUUGGCAGCAUCUGGAGCUGGACUUGGAACAGAGCUCCCCGGAGGAGAAAGAGAGAGAGAGCACCCGCCCAUCUGUAUCUCCCAGUUCGCAGAUAAUUUCAUGUCCACCACCAACAAGAAGAAACCGAGCAAAACACCAUGGAAACCAAGCCCUCGGGUGGAGAGGAAUGCGCUCUAGGGCGACUGUGAUAACAAAUAACAUAACAAGAAGAGAAAUGGAAGAAAGCACGAGGAAAUUAAAAUUAGGUCCUUUCGUGGGGCAAAAUUAAUGGAGGCUCCAACGUGCUCGCUCCCCCGUUGGAUUCGGACUCAGAUGCAGAUCGGUUAACGAACCAUCCCCCUUUAUUAAAUAUACACAAUGAAUAA